CCAACAGUGAAGUUAUUUCACCUUUGCCCUAAUACAUUCAUCAGAUUUGAGCUGUGUUGACAGUCUCGCUUCAGCACUCCUCUGUGCUGCCACUCAUUCGUCCUUUAGUUCUCUUUCUGGGUGUGACAUCCCGGAGAAGAACACCCGCGCUACGACGUCUUCGCUAAUUUCGCCUUUUGCAUCACCAGCUUGCGAGCUCAUCUAGCUUGUGAUUUGUGGUUCGACUGGAAAAAUGUCGACCAACGAUCUUCAAGCUCUUUUUGCAAAUCUGAGGCCCAAGGCUCGCGAUUCACCUGCGCCUUCUCAAGCUUCCAAUCGUCCCGGCUCUAGCGGACUUGCCUCGCAGUCUGCCAGCGCCCAACCACUUCCUUCGACUCCUCCGCCACCAUUCCCCUCAAUCGGCAACGGACGUGCUCAAGCCACGAUGGUUUCUCAGGGUGGUCCAGCGCCGUCUGUCACCGGCCAGUCACUUUUGAACUUGCUUAACUUCGGACCUUCAACCCAACAAUCUGCCAACACUGACGCCACUACCUUCCCUACUCCGAAUGAUGAUCGUGAGAACGGAGUCAAGGCCGCAGAAAAAGGAGGAACUACCACGGAAGCGCCGUCAUUGUCGGCUUCUGAUCUUGUAGCAAAGUUCAUGAGCCCUCCACCAGCCGGAUCUCGGACAGCAUCGAAAUCCCCGUUCAAUUUGGAAGACCAAGGUGGAGGUGGUGACCAGCCGUCAUCUAAUGUAAGCCGGGAUGCCUCUCAAGAUGCGCUGCUAAAGCUCCUCAAAAAAGCACACUCGGGCAAUGCUGCGCUUGGGAGGCAGGGGUCUUCUGAACAAGCUCGAUCACAGCCUUCUGAAACAGAGACUCAAAAGGCAGAGCAUCCGCCUGCCAUCAACGCUGAUCUUCCCAUACGUGCCUCUGGAGCGAGCCCAGCUGUGAAGGCACCUCCAGAGCAAAAUGGCUCGAAGUCUGAGAACAAGCCACUCUUCACUUAUGUCAACCCAUUCGAAGCUCUCAACGCUUCUCGCUCCCAAACACCGAGAGCAUCGUCACCUGUUCCAGCUGCCAAUCCUCGUGACGUACCUGUGCAAAGCAUAGAGAGUUCCAAUGAUCGACUCUGGGAGGGCACCUCGCCCGUGGCUACUCCAGAACAGGUCGCCAGGAGAAAGAUUCUUACACCUCGAUUGCCAUCAGGAGGCAGACAGGGCACGAUCUCGCGCGAAGCUUCCGUCUCUGCGCCGGAGAAGGAGAGAAAGUCUGAGAACGGAGCGACAGCGGCGGAGAAGUCAUUCUUUGAAUCCGCAAAGCUUGUUCCAGAAACCUUUGACGCCGCAACGGUAGACAAAGCCGCACCGGAGCCGAGCAACGAUGUCCAACCUGGAGACGCCCUGGGCGCAGAACAUUCCGCGGAGCAGGCGCCAAAUGGUGGCGACGAGUGGGAAGACGCUGACGAAUCGCCUACUAAAGAGUCUGGAGAGCGCGUUGUCCCUGUUUACAAUUUUCCCAUCAAGCCCUUCGUCUCAAUCACACUGCAACUAGGCGAAGGUUCCGAUGUGUCAAUUCGUGAUGAUGGUGUUAUGGAGAUCUCGCGGUUGAAGAAAGAUUUCGAUCAGCUUGACCGUUCGCUGGCCGCCGCCACUGCCAAAUACAUCACAUAUGCCCUGGUGAAAAACGGAGGUAUGCGAAUCAUACGACAAGAUGAUGGCAGUGAUCGCCAAGUGUUCAAGAAUUCGCACGAUCGCGUGUUCAAUGUUGCAUUCUGUACUACCUCCCCUAAUGGCCCGCCAUCUGACGAUCAAGCAAUUCUUGGGACUGGAGUCAGUGGUGCCGUUUACUACGCCACCAUUCACAAAAACGGCAAUGAUUUGUUCGAGAAGAACGAACUCGAGUCAGAAAGCCUCAUUUUCCCUCCAUACCCCCCAGCAGAUGAAAAUACAGCUGGAGGCGUGCUGAAGACUCGUGCCAAGCGAAGCUCUCGACAUCCAGAGUUUUUCGCCAUCGGUAGGGGAAAAGCGAUUCAUCUCGUCUGGCCUGCAACCGCACUCUCCUCGCGCUACGGAAUUGAUGAGACUAGUCGUCGGGUUGACGUCGACAAGUUCUUUCAGGAACGAGCUUUUCAGAUCUCGACAGGAAAGGCUGGAAAGGACUUCACUUUUAGUGAGGACGACAGCUUGAUUGUGUCUCUGGAUAAGACCGGGAGAUUGCGAUUCUGGGAUAUCCGCAAGCUUAUCGAGGAAGCCAAUACUACAGCAUCGCACGUUGCAGGCAUGACAGUAGAUACACCAUUGCUAUCAUUGUCUACUGCGUCUCCGGCAGAGAAGUCCUGGCCAACGUCGGUUCUGUUUGUUGACAAAGCUCGCCCGUACGUCAAGGGAGGCGCUCUCCGGUAUGUUCUCGUUGGGUUGAGACAAAACCAUACUCUUCAGCUUUGGGAUAUUGCUCUUGGAAAGGCUGUCCAGGAGAUCAACUUUCCGCACGAGAACGAGACCGACGGGAUUUGCAGCGUCAACUACCAUCCUAGCAGUGGCAUCAUUAUCGUUGGUCAUCCCACUAGAAAUUCGCUCUUCUUCAUCCACCUGUCAGCACCACGCUACACGCUGAGCUCGUCGUACUCUCAGGCGACAUAUGUUCAAGGUACUGCUAUGAAAGAUCCAGAGCUUCCCAAACCUGAAUCUACAGCCUGCAUGAGCGGCAUUCGCGAGAUAUCCUUCACAGGAAGAGGUCAGCUUAGAAGUGUCGAGCUCCUACCGGUCUACAGGGCCGCAGACGAGAAAAAGACGAUCGAUGACAAGGUUCCCCUGUUUGAGCUGUAUGUUGUGCACUCGAAGGGUGUCACUUGCUUGAGCAUUACCAAAGAAGAUUUGGGCUGGAACGCUGACAGCAAAGUGCUUCAUCCUGUAGAUGCUGCCAAAGAAGGUCUUGUCGAUUUGAAGGAAUUGCGGCUUGGAAGCGUUAUUGAGGAGACCGAGCCAAUCAAGAGCCCUGCGGAAGAAGUACAACAGUCCACCAAAUCGUCCAAGAAGAAGUCGGCGAAGAAAGCUGAAGCUGCCACGGAACGUACCGAGCCCUCUUCGAAUGAAGUGCAAGGCAUUCCCAAAGCCGCGCCCGAAAUCUCUGCUGUCCCCGAGCCUCAGGCCGAGCCAGCGGCCAGCGAAGGGCCCACAACGAAGCAGAGCAAGAAAAACAAGAAGAAAGCCACCCUAGCAGCUGAAUCCCCUGCGCCAGGCAAGCCCCCUUCACGCGCGUCCUCACCAACUAAGAAAUCGUCCACCCCUGCAGAAGUCUUUCCAGGGCCAACCACUGCUGCCAUUGAAGAGAACAUAUCCAAGCAGCCUGCUAGCGUUCCAGCCGAAUUAGCUUCUUCGCAAUCUGAGGCUGUCUCCGCUGGCAUUCAUGGUGAUUGGCUCGACAAGCUCAUAAAGCUCGAGCGAGGAGUGGCGGGGGAGUUUCGAAAAGAGCUCAGUGGCUUGUAUCAGAGCAUCCACAACGAUCGGAUUGUCCAGGAUGAAUCUGCUGUCGCACGUCAACAAGCCCUCCUCGGGGUUGUCUCGACCACAUUGACCAACAACGUUGAAAAGGCUCUAUCACGUAUCGUGGCUGCUCAGAUGCAUCAGUCGAUGGUUCCAGCAGUGACUAGCGCCACAGUGCAAGCCGUCAGCAGCGAGGUGGGGUCCGCUGUUCAGAAGUCUCUCCACGCUCUUGUGCCACAAGAAUUGGGCGCCCAGCUUCCCACUGCCAUUAAUACAGCGCUCCAGAGUCCCCAGAUGAGCCGCACUAUCGCUGAUACAAUAUCACAGAAGAUCUCGAAACAAGUGGAGACACAAUUGGCAGACGUGCUGCAGAAACAGGUUGUGCCGGCGUUCAGAACCCUCGCUGUUGCGACCGCUGAGAAAGCAGCUUCUGAAGUCGAGGUUCGACUUCGCAAAGAUAUCCAUCAGCUCGAGGCCGACAGACGGCAUGACAUGGGCAGGCUUGAGAAGCUUGGUCAAGUCCUUCAAGCCACGACCGAGACUCUCCAGCAGAUGUCGAAUGCCCAGGUGGCUUUUCAGGGUCAGAUACUCAAGGACCGCCGCCAAUUGGCUCUUCUUGGAGAAGGCAGCACACCGAGCGCAUCACGUCAGGUUUCGACUGCACGUAUGACUCCCUCACCGCAAGGCUUUGGUCGCCAGGUCGUUCCGAGACAGAAAACCAAGGAGGAAGUGGAGUUGGAUGAAAUCACAGACCUAAUGAACGACGGCCAUUAUGAAGAGGGCUCGAUUAAGUGGUUGCAAUCAAGCCAGCCUGUUGAAUUGUUCGACAAGCUCUUCAUUCACUACACGCCGGAGUACCUGGCUACGGAUGUCUCGCCCCUUAUUGCGUUCUCGAUUGCUGUCACGAUUGGCAACUCCCUUACAACCAAUACUGCUCGAAGACUCGAGUGGGUAUUGGCAGCUUUCAAUGCGGUUGAUCUUACUGACCCUGAAAUUGCGGAUCUAGCACAGCAUGCUCCUGCACUUUUGAGCUCGCUUAUUCAGAAACUCGAAGGGCUGUAUAUGACCAUUGCGGAACGUGAUCCUAGAGAUCCUGCGCUGCAGCUUAUGCCGCUGGUCUCGAGGAAGGCAAAGGAUAUGAAAGCGUCACUGCUGGGUGCGGUAGGGUAUGGUCGCGCAAGUCAGACUAUGUGAUUCUGCAUGUACUCAGACACUGGCUUACUUUCACAUGAACACGAGGCAAGGAGAAAGCAAACCAUGCCCAAAUUGGAGUUGUUCGAUGUAACCUGAGCGCAUUGGUGGCGGUUGAUGAACUGCGGAAUAGGCAAGGCUGUAGUCUCUUGACAAUCUGCCGACGUGCUUGUCUAGGGUUGAAGGAUUAUCAUUGUACUUUUUCGUAAGGAGCUCAGUUCCCGGUCAGCCGACUUACUCGAGAUAUAGGGUCGGCAGGCUGAGCACUUGAAGAAUCGAGAAACUUGGAAGGUGAAGGAGCAAUGGGGAGUUGGUAGUCGAACCUUGGUGUGGCACUUCAUCUCUUUCAUCUACUUUCAGUUUGCCUUCACCUUGAAACAUCAUUCUUCUUUUUAUUGAUCAACACGCAUGAACCCUGC